AGGGGGGGGGGGGGCUUCUACCCUUAAACAGUACGGUCUUAGCCUACCAGUGAAUUGUCCUUUAAGAUGCAAAAGCGCAAUUAUGUAGCAGUCUCGACAGGUUUGAUACAUGCUAAACUACAGAUGUUGCGCUCGAGGGAUCGACUAAUAUAACAAAGGUUAUGGAUUCGAACCUUCCUUGUUUUAUCCUCUUCAUCCUGUUCGGCUGUGUCAGAUGCUCUUCUGAUGACCCCCCCAACAACGGCACCCGCCACCAUGACUACUGCGUGCUCGGAGCCGGGCCCGCGGGUCUGCAGAUGGGGUACUUCCUCUCCAAGGCUGAGAGAGACUACAUCAUCUUGGAGAGGAACUCCGGACCGGGCAGCUUCUUUAACAAGUAUCCCAGGCACAGGAAGCUGAUUAGUAUUAACAAGAUCCACACAGGAAGGCAGAACCGAGAAUUCAACCUGCGCCACGAUUGGAACUCGUUGCUGAGCGACAGACCUGACCUGCUGCUCAAGAGAGUGAGCGGGGACUUUUACCCGCCAGCGGACGCCUUCCCGCUCUACCUGUCCAUGUUCGUGAAGGAGCUCGGGCUGAAGGUCCGGUAUGGGGUGGACAUCGGAAGGAUCAGGGCAGCGCAGUCAGCCGCCGGCAGAAGAUACAUCCUGACUGAUCAACAUGCGUCGGACUACACAUGCAGCGUCCUUCUGGCAGCCACAGGUUUGUGGGUUCCUCACAAGGUAGAGUUUGUCGGGUCUCACCUGGUCGAAGGCUACGAGUCCAUCUCCACUAAUCCUGAGGACUACAAGGACCAGUCCGUGCUGAUUCUGGGCAAGGGGAACUCGGCGUUUGAAACAGCCCAGAGCAUCUUGGGAAGAGCAAGUCAUGUGCACAUGAUCAGCUCCAGCCCCGUUCGACUCGCUUGGCAAACACAUUACGUUGGAGAUCUCAGAGCUGUGAAUAAUGAGCUCAUAGACACAUAUCAGCUGAAGUCCCUUGAUGGGUUGUUGGAGGCACACCUGGACAAAAUAGUCCUCGCUCAACGAACGGAGCAAGGCAGGACGAGGUCAGGUAAAAAGAAGAAAGAGAAGAAGGGACAGUUGUACGUGACUUUAAAGAAGUUCCUUCAACACCAGGGACAGAAGAACAGCUCAGAUGUGACAGGAGAAGAACUGCCAGGGUAUUACAUCGACAACUUCUCUUUGCGGAAGCCCUACGACCGAGUGAUUCGAUGCCUUGGCUUCCGAUUCAACUUCAGCAUAUUUGACAGCUCUACCUGCCCACCGAAAAGUGACAAUGCCAAAGGGCGUUUGCCGCAGGUGACAGCCUGGUAUGAAGGGAAGAGCACUCCUGGCCUGUUUGUGCUGGGAACGGCUGCUCACUCCAGAGACUACCGCUCGUCUGCCGGCGGCUUCGUCCAUGGAUUCCGGUACACAGUGCGUGCUGUACAUCGUGUACUUGAACAACGUUACCAUAGUAACCCGUGGCCCUCGACAAAACUGUUGACAUCGCAGCUGCAGUCCUGGAUUCUGAAGCGGGUCGGCGAGGCUUCUGGGCCGUACCAAAUGUUUGAGGUGCUGGGGGACGUUAUACUUCUCCGAGGCUCUCACUGUGAAUACGUGGAAGAGUUUACACUCCAGGCCUUGCCUCAGUUCUCCAAUCUCUCGGGCCACGAGGUCUCACGCCAUGGACUGAUCGUUCUAGUCAUGCAGUACGGGAAGAAGAAGAUAGAUUAUCUGGGGCCGGAAAGGACGGAAGGAGACUGGACCAAAGCGUGGAAAUCCAACUUUCUGCACCCUGUUUUAUACUACUAUGACACACUUCCUACUGAGGAAGAAAUGAAGCUCCGUCCCUCUGGCUGGGCUUUACCGAGGCCCAAGGCGAUCCAUCACAUGGUCGAGGACUUCCUCGCUGAAUGGGAUAGUCCCGUAUCUCACAUCCAGCCUUUGCGGCGCUUCCUGGAGCACUGCGUCCAGACUGACCUCAGGGCCUUCUACGCGGAAUCAUGUUUCCGUUCGGCCCUUACCCACCGAAAGCCGCCGCUGUUCUGUCAGCAGGGAUACUUGCAGCAGCAGGGUGUCGCUCACAUCAAACAGCCGUGGCAGCACAUACGUGACGCUGGACUGAUGCCUACUGAGCGAGAUGCAGGCACAUCCGUGGCUGACCCCGCAUUCCCCAACUGCCUGGCCCAAGCCGGAGCCUCCGAGUCCUCAGGACUGAAACUUGACUCCUGAUUGUUCUUCUCCAGUGUUUUAAAGCCAUGCCUCUGAUGCUGUUUAAGUUACUCAAACUCGCUACCUCCAGCACCCAUAAUUCCCUCCACAAAACCAAAUAUUUUGACAGGAUACUAUACCCUAAAAGUACGGCAAAUUCGUCUUAGAAACCCUCGUCACCAGAUGUAAAUGUCUAAUGGUACGUGUCCACAUUCUUGAUGGGCUUGUGACGGGCAGUUAUCAAUUUCUCUUCAAUGACAAGUAAGGAAAACAGGCUACACCCUCAGGCAACCACUCUGGCUGAACCUGAUUGGAUGACUGCUGUACUCGUGGGCCGUCUGCUCCUGAAUUUAAAAACCGGCCAACAUGGCGGCUCGUUUGAAAACACAUGAAAUAGCUCACCGAAAUGUGUUUCUGAAAACAUGUUAUGUGAGAGAGCUGCAGGUGAUGAACCCGUCUUCAUUUUAGUUGACAACCGUCACAUUAAAAAUAAAUCUGAGUUUUCGAGAGGUGGAGAGUCAAGCUGGAGUAGAAAGUCCAGUAGCCUGGACCUUAACUUUAUGCAAAUGAGGCGCGAGCAACUCGACUCCAACUACCAGAAUUCAUUGCACGGCUGCUUACACAGACAAUGAAUGGCACAUGACUUUUUUUUAACCAAAGAGUUAUUUUCCUUUCUUUAUUUUGAUUGUGUUUAAAUGUCCAAAGAAGUAAAAAAUGAUCCAGUAAUUCACAAGAAAUAAUCAAAGAUGAUUGAAAAGUCUUAAAAAAAGAAAAGAAAGAAGCAUAACCAUGUCUUCUUUCUCUUUUAGUAAUUACUUUGUGGCCCCUCUGACUUUAUUAUCAUCAUGCAACCUCUUGGGUGUCUAUUGCAUAUCACUGGAGAGGCACUUUGUCCAUUGAAUGUCCCUUUAUUGUCAUUCCUCACAAAAUAUGGAUAUACUUUAUAUUAUGUCAUUUUUAUAUCAUGGAAAUCUAGAUUAUAUGAAGUUGUAUAGGUGGUGGGUGGGUGUGUCAAAAAUGAUUAUGCAUUUUACAUGUUACCUGAUGAGACUUACAUUAAAGAGGAAAU